AUGGCGUCCCGCGCCGCGGUCCCCUUCUUGGUGGCCAUGAUGCUGCUGACCGGCGUCUGCAACACGCUGCUCACCAAGUACCAGGACAACCAAUGCGUGCGGAACUGUGACCCCAGUGACGGCAAGCGGCCGGCCCACUUUGAGCAGCCGGUGCUGCAGACGGCGCAGAUGUUCGUCGGCGAGAUGGGAUGCUGGCUCGUCGUCGGGCUCAUGUCGAUCUACCGCCGCGUCACGUCUCAGCCCUCACCCACGGAGCGCGGCUACGAGGCUGUCGACAACGGCGAUGCCCACCAGGACCACCACGGCCGACCCAAGCCCGACGGUGACCGCCCGUCUGUGCUUCGCGGGUACCGUGUCGUGCUUCUCGCCCUGCCGGCCAUUUGCGACAUCUGCGGAACGACACUCAUGAACGCGGGCCUGCUCCUCGUCGCUGCCUCCAUCUACCAGAUGACCCGCGGCGCCCUCGUCCUCUUCGUCGGCCUCUUCAGCGUCCUCUUCCUCCGGCGCCACCUCUAUCUCUUCCAGUGGCUGUCCCUGGUCGGUGUGGUCCUCGGCGUCGGCGUUGUCGGCCUGGCCGGCGCCAUCUGGCCAGAUGAGAAGAAGGUGUCUCAGCAGGGCUUUAACGAUGCCGCGGCUGAUGGGGGCCUGUCCGACGCCGCGCGGGCCAUCAUCGGCGUCCUGCUCAUUGCUGGCGCGCAGAUCUUCACGGCGACGCAGUUUGUGCUCGAGGAGUGGAUGCUGGAGAACUCAACCAUCGAGCCCCUCAAUGUCGUUGGCUGGGAGGGCAUCUUUGGCUUUUCUGUGACGCUGUUCGUCAUGAUCGUCAUGCACCUGGCCGUUGGCCGGACCGACGCCGGUCGCUACGGUUAUUUCGACAUGCAGGAGGGCCUGCGACAGAUGAUGCAGAAGCGCAUCUGGGUCACGAGUGUUCUCAUCAUGAUUAGCAUCGGUGGCUUCAACUUCUUCGGCCUCUCCGUGACGCGGACCGUCAGUGCGACCUCGCGGUCGACCAUUGACACCUGCAGGACGCUCUUCAUCUGGAUCGUCUCUCUCGGCCUCGGCUGGGAGUCGUUCAAGGCGCUGCAGAUUGUGGGUUUCGCCAUGCUCGUCUAUUCCACGUUUCUCUUCAACGGCAUCGUUCAGCCGCCCCUGAGGAGCCUCCGCCCCAGCCACGAGGUUGAGGAGCUUCUCCCGGAGGAGCCGAUCGAGCACCAGUAG